AAACAUUAAAUGAAACACUUUAAACAGCUUUUCUUGAAAUACGUCUUCCAAAAAUUACCGUAAUUUUGCAGGUAUCAAAUUCCUAGAACAAUAUCAUGUAAUAUUUUGAUAUGCCAUGGCACGUGAUAUGAUAGUAUCUGUGUAUAUGCAUAUGAAUGUUUGGUAUUGGCGUCGUACGGUAUAUAAUAUGGCGGUCCAAAACAAUGGAGGCUUAAUAAUGUCAUUUUCCAAAAGAAUCAAUUAGAUUGUAGCCAUUAAAUCGAGAAUCAACUACAGGAAUUCUUGCCCGUUUUUAAAAAUGCUAUCUAUCUGUGGAUUUUCUCGUAUUUUAAAUAGCUUGCUAAAAUCAAGGGGUUGCAGUACAGCAAUCAAUCAAUUUGUACCUAAAGUUGACAAACGUCUGGACAACGAUGUUUUGAUGCAGUUAAGAGAUUUUGUGGAAAGGAGUCGACGUUUGUUUGUGUUGACUGGUGCUGGAAUAUCAACUGAAUCUGGCAUAAGGGACUAUAGGUCUGAAGGUGUUGGCUUAUAUGCUGUCAGUAAAAACAGGCCAAUAGAACACCAGGAAUUUGUUACAAGUGCUAGCAGAAGGCAGAGAUACUGGGCUCGAAACUAUGUCGGCUGGCCAACAUUUUCAACACAUCAACCGAACCAGGGUCAUCGUGUUCUGGCAGAACUUGAAAGGGUAGGAAAGUUACAUUGGCUUGUGACACAAAAUGUUGAUUGGUUGCACUUAAAAGCUGGGUCAAAACGGUUGACAGAGUUGCAUGGUGCAACAAACAGAGUUAUCUGUUUGAUGUGUGGAAGCAAAAGCCGAAGGGAAGACCUUCAAGUUGAAAUGAAAAAACUAAAUCCUAAUUUCCAUGUUUCGCCUGACAUUGUCGGACCGGAUGGUGAUGUCUUCCUUAGUGAUGACCUUGUUCAAAAUUUCAAAGUCCCUGACUGUCAGAAUUGUGGUGGGUUACUCAAGCCAGACGUGGUGUUCUUUGGUGGUAGCGUCCCACAUGACAAAGUCUCAUUUGUGCGUGAAAGACUUAAGGAGUCUGAUGCUGUCUUAACACUAGGGUCUAGUCUUCAAGUAUACUCGGCAUACAGGUUUAUAGUUGCAGCGCAUGAGCAAAAAAUCCCAUUAGCCAUUGUCAAUAUUGGUCCGACCAGAGCUGAUGGAUUAGCAAAUCUAAGAGUUCAUUGUAGAAUAGGAGAAAUUGCUAGCAUCUUAAAUGAAUUUGUUGUGUAAAGAACUUGUAACAUACCUAUGUUUAUAACUAACUAUUAAUAUUAACUGAGUCAAAUUUAUGUGGUUUUAAAUGCAUUUGAUUUUUGCCAAAAAAACCAGCAUUUUUUAGUUGAUUUUGACUACUGGAGUAAAGUAAGUAUCAAGACUCUUGCACACAAGACAGGCCCAAAUGUUCGAUUACUUUUCCUUUUGAAUUCCCACACAACAGUGACCCGCAUAAUGUAGUAUACACUGACUGAAUUUUGAAAUCUUGGCUCAUUAGAGAAGAGUUUAAAUUUCGCACGAACUGAUAAAAGGUAGGACGCGAUUCGACUUUUUUGCGGUGAAUUGUUUCGCAAAUAUUUUCCGACCAUGUCUCUCGACUUCAUUCAUGUUUCCUUCUGUAGUAACAAUUGAUCAAUAAGAGGUAAUCUUUUGAAAAUAUUUGUGAUUGCCUUCAGUCAUUGUCUUCCUGGGCUUGGCGUAUUCUUCCUGACAUAUCAUUAAUCUAUGCAGCAUAUCAUCAAACUAUUAAAAAUCUUCACCUGCUGUUCAUUUCAAAUGUUUAAUGUUCCAUGUUUCAUUAUUCCUUCGGAUAAAUCGAAAUUCCAUUAUUAUAGUAUUCAUUAGAAU